AUGAGACAAAGAAGAAAGAGAGCUUAUCUUCAUAGGAUCAAAGAUGAGCAUGGACAGUGGAUUCAAGGUGACAAUUUGAUAUCUGAGGCUGCUAUUAGACAUUAUAGCAAACUGUUUACUCAACCUCAGCAAGAUCACAACUUUAACUUCCUAAAAAGAAUUGAGAAUGUGGUUACAGAGGAAUACAACAAUAGUCUAAUUCAAUUACCUACUGGGGAGGAGAUCGAACAGGCUGUGAAAGACCUUCACCUUGAUAGUGCUGCAGGGCCAGAUGGCUUCAGUGGUCAUUUCUAUAAAAAAAAAUGUUGGAAUAUUAUUGCUAAUGAUGUAACUGCCAUGGUUGAAAACUUUUUCAGGGGUAAUAAACUCACUAAGUUCAUUACCCAUACUUUUCUCAUUAUGAUCCCUAAAGUGGAAGCUCCUGACUCUUUUAACCAGCUCAGACCAAUAAGCCUUAGCAACUUUACUAACAAGAUCAUUUCUAAAGAGAUCAUUCAUGACAUCAAAAAGAAAAACAAAGGUGGCAAUGUAGUCAUCAAAAUAGAUAUGGCCAAAGCCUAUGACAAAGUCUCCUGGUCCUUUCUCAAUGCUAUCUUAAGAAAAAUGGGAUUUGUGGAAGAAUAUGUUGAUCUUAUUUACAGACUGGUGUCUAAUGUGUGGUACUCCAUUAUUGUAAAUGGAAUAAAAUAUGGUUUCUUCCAUUCUACUAGAGGUCUCAAGCAAGGAGAUCCUCUAUCCCCUGCCCUGUUCAUUAUUGCUGCUGAAUCACUGUCAAAAGCUCUGAAUCAGUUACAUGGCAAGGAAGAUGAUUUAGUCAUCUUCAGUUUUGGGGAUAAAAAUUCCCUAAAAAUGAUCAUGAAAAAGCUGGGACAGUAUGAAGAUGCAUCUGGUCAAGAGAUUAAUAUGGAAAAAAGCUGCCCCAUAUAUCAUGGAAGAAAGAAGAUCUCUUAUUUAUCUGAUAUUGCCAAAGCUGUCGUCAACAAGAUCAAAGGAUGGCAAGGAAGUAUGUUGGCUAGUGGAGGUAAAGCUACCCUGAUUAAGCAUGUCUUACAAUCACAAACCAUUCACACCAUGGCUGUUAUAUCCCCUCCGAAAAAUGUGCUAUCACAACUUGAGAAAUACUUCUCAAAAUUUUUUUGGGGACAAGCUGAUAAUAAGAACAAAUAUCAUUGGAGCUCAUGGAAAAAAAUGUGCUACCCUACUGAGGAAGGAGGUGUUGGACUCAAGAGCCUGGAAGAUAUUUGCCUUACAAAACAUCCUGUGGAAAGAAAGAUCCAAUCAGGCCAAUCUUCUGCUUGGAGGGAUCUUAUGAGAACAAAGAAUCCCAUAGAACCUCACAUCAUAUGGAAGAUCAAUGAAGGCAAAAUCUCAUUCUGGUGGGACAACUGGACCAAGCUUGGAGCUCUGGUCAAUAUGCUUAAUGAUCAAAACUGCCCUGGUAAGUUGUUGGUACAAGAUUUCUUGGUUAAUAAUGUAUGGAACAGGGAAUUCAUCUAUAGUAUUGUGCCUGCUCACAUAGCCAAUAUUAUCCUGAAUAUUCCUAUUGGCCGUAACAAUAUGAAGGAUAAACCAAUCUGGAUUCCUACAAACACAGAGGGAGAAACUGCUUCGACUAUAUGGAAAAAAUUUGCUGCUCCUUUGGGCAUUAAUUAUAGGGCUCAUAAUGCUAUGGGAAUGAUCCAAAAUUGGAGAAACACUACUUCAAGGAAUUCCCUUCACAGAACCUUGAAGCAGAUCACUCCCAUCUUCAUUCUAUGGGAAUUAUGGAAAUACAGAAAUGCUGCUAGAUAUGGGAACAAGAAACAAUCUAUUUUUUGGAUUUAUAAGAAAAUUGUGUUUCAUAUUCAUGUCUACAUCAAUAGAAAAGGCCACAAUUUGGACUAUAAAUGGGAUUGGAACAAAAUUUGUAAGUUUGCGGAAGCCAUUAAACCUUCUUUCACUGGUGUCAUGGUUACUUGGAUGAGACCAGAGGGGGAAUGGAUCAAGAUUAACACGGAUGGGAGCAGCAACAGUACUAAGAACACGGUAGGUAUGGGAGGAGUUGUUAGGAACGGAAAUGGGGAGAUCAUUAUGGCUUUUGCUAACUCUCUCAAUUUCUGCACUAACAACAAGGCGGAAGUGGAGGCUGCUGAAUAUGCCAUCCAGUGGUGUUUUUCUAAUAAUAGAAACAAGUUCAUCUUAGAACUUGACUCUAUGUUAGUGAUUAACAUGCUCAAUGGCUCUUCCCUUCCCCCUUGGAAUUUUGAACAAAAGAUUGACAAGAUGAGAAGACAACUUCAAUCAAAACAAUGCAUCAUUCAACACUGCUACAGGGAGGCAAACCAAGUAGCAGACGCUCUUGCCAAGUUUGGUGCUAAUCUUCAACUGAACCGAAGAGCCCGUGUAUACCAUAACCUGCAAAAUCUGCCUACUCAAGCUAUUGGACCUAGUCGACUUGAUUCAAUGGGCAUGCCCAGCUUCAGAAUCAAACAGGCCAAGAGGAAUAUCACUGUCAUCUCUAAUCCUCCAUGA